AGUCAUGGCCGGCUUCAACAUGGGGGGUGACCUCAGGAAGCCCGCUGCCAGCAUCCCCCUGGGCUCGCUAGCAGCUGUUGGCAUCUCGUGGUUUCUGUACAUCGUCUUUGUCUUCCUGCUUGGCGCCAUCUGCACCCGCGAGGCCCUUCGCUAUGACUUCCUGAUAGCUGAAAAGGUGUCCCUGGUGGGCUUCCUGUUCCUGUUGGGCUUAUACAUCUCAUCCCUGGCCUCCUGUAUGGGGGGCCUCUAUGGAGCCCCCCGGAUCCUACAGUGCAUCGCCCAGGAGAAAGUGAUUCCCACACUGGCCUGUCUAGGACAGGGGAAAGGGCCAAAUAAAACACCCGUAGCUGCCAUCUGCCUGACCGGCUUGGUGACCAUGGCCUUUGUCCUUGUGGGUCAGGUGAAUGUUCUGGCCCCCAUCGUCACCAUCAACUUCAUGCUGACAUACAUCAUGGUGGAUUACUCUUACUUCUCCCUGUCCAUGGGUCCCUGCCGCCACCCCAAGGUGCCCGAGUCAGUGCACAGGGAGGGCCCGGGAGCUCUCCACUGCUCUGAGCACCUGCUCUUGGAGAAGGCUCCCAGCUAUGGCUCUGAGGGCACUGCCCAAAGCCUCUCUGAGGGCACUCUGCUAGAAUUCACCAAAGACGUGGAUCAGCUCCUCCAGCUAACCAGGCAGCUUGAGAGUGGCCAGCCCAGGCGAGGAGAGAGUGACAAGAUCCCAGAGAGUCAGAAGGGGAAAUACAAGAAGGCCACCAAGCAAACCCUACAAGAUAGCUUCCUCUUGGACUUCAAGUCCCCUGCUGCCUCCCCUACUGAAGGUCCUGACAGAUUGCCCACUUCCUCCUGGAAGGGGCAGGAGUCCUACUGGGACAGGCAGUGUGCCAGGAGUGAAGGGGCUUGGCUUGGGGGAGCAUGUGGAGAUCCAAUUGUCCCUGAGCUGAGGAACCAGCCUAGGCCAAGUGGAGAAGAUUUCUUCGCAAAGUCUAGGCUCCAGGAACAAGAUAUCCAGAGGAGACCUACUUCUUUAUACGCCCACAUGUGCAACCCCUGGGUCUCCCUGUUGGGGGCUAUCGGGUCUCUUCUCAUCAUGUUUGUGAUCCAGUGGGUCUAUACUCUGGUUAACCUAGGUGUUGCUGCCAUUGUGUAUUUCUACAUUGGUCAAACCAGCCCAGGGCUUCAUCUUGGAUCAGCCUCCAACUUCAGCUUUUUCAGAUGGAUGAGGUCUCUUCUGAUUCCCUCCUGCAGGAGCUUGCGAUCCCCCCAAGAGCAGAUAAUUUUGGCGCCGUCCCUCGCUAGGGUUGACAUGGAGAUGACUCAGCUCACCCAGGAGAACGCAGACUUCGCCACUCGGGAUCGCUACCACCACUCCUCCCUUGUGAGUCGAGAGCAGCUGAUGCCUCAGUACUAGAGUACUGAGUACUCAAUCAGUACUAGGCAGCCUUGGGACCCUCCUCUCUUGGAGCUGUCCAGCGCACAGUGGACCCAAAUCCCAAAACGUUUGUGGAGCUGGUUCUCCUCAGUAGGAAACUCAGAGACCUGUCCUCCCACUGCCAUUUUGGACAAUGGAGAUAUGCAUUCUGGUCUGGAGCACCACAUCCGACCCGGGUAACCACUGGGAUGGUGGUGGCUCUGAAACACGCACCCGGUCUGAAGAGCUCCACGUGGACACCAAGACUUGUAGGUGUGGAGAACCAAACCAGAUUGCUUGUUCUGAGGGCCACAAUA